GUACAGGAGCCUGGAACAUAUUGUGUACAACAGGAUCUCUUCUAACCAGCCUUGGAAGUGUGUCUGAACACAGCAAACGUCUGCUCUCAUCACAUGUGGGGAGAUGUGUGACACUCUCUUAUCCUUCAGUGCUUUGAGAUUGCAGUAACUGUUAUAAAGUUCAGUAGAACUCACUGAGAAAGAGUAUGUUCUUAAGGAAUGCAGAUGCAGGGUGCAUUGUUUAUUUUACUGUUAUCUUGAGUUGUGUAAAGUGCAUCAUCACACUCAAGCACUGAAAGGAGAACUACUGACCACUGAAGGAGCAGCAGAUGUGGCUGGAUGGGAAAACACUGGAGGGAAAAACUGUAAAGAACUUCAAAGCUGUUGCUACUUUUUGCACUCCUUAAGUGAUGUUGAAGAUCAUGGGGUACCUUAACAAUGAAAAACCCUUCGGAAGUUUGAACUCUGCUGUGCCUCACACGCCUAAAAGAGCCCAGUGUGUUCUACCGCUAAAGAAUGGGCUUCAAACUGUGUCUGGAUCCACUCAGUAAAGUCGUUUGGUAUUUUAGGUUCACGUUGUGCAACUUGGCCCUCCCCUGUGGCUUUUGGAAUCUGCUGCUCACCUUUCUUAUUCACUGAUCCCAGCAGAGGAUGAAGGACCUUCAUGUGGGCACCUGCAACUGAAGCUGGUCCCCAGCAGCCCUGAAGGCUGACAGCUUUGUUUCAGCAGCUGCAGACGGCGCUGUGCAGUGAGGCGUGUGUAACACCAGCCCUCGCUUUUUGGCAAAGCCAGAGCUGUUCUGUGCACAGCCUGAGUGCCAAAUCCACCCCACAGGCAGAAGGACAGAAAGGAGCUUUUGAAUUUUCCAGUGGUUAUGGUAAAAGCUCCACGUGUUCCACACACUGAAUCUUCAGGGCAUCUUAAGAACCACGUACAAUGGGCCAGAAAGAGCUGCCAGCUCAUAAUGAGUGCUGUGUGUUAGGUACACGUGGUAUAGGUUUUAGGGCAUGAUUUCUUCCUUAUAGGUUUGACUUACCUUACAAGGAUGCUAAGAAUUUCAGAGGCAAAUGUGUAUUUGUGUAGUCCCAGGCUGUCUUAUUGGAGAUGUCUAUGCUUGGCUUUCCUAUAAAUUGAGGUAUGUUAGCCUAAGCAGGUUAUGAUACUGAUGUGAUUGUAUUUCUCCCUGCGUUAUAGAAAAAGACAUGCUUUGUUCAUCAACAUGCCGUUGAAUUUAAGACUCUCCUAAGGGAACUGUGCAUGAAUGUUGGGCUCUGUUUAGCUCAGUGGGACAAAAUGAGAUGUAGGAAUGUCAUAGGUCAUCAGGAGAGUGAAGGAGAGGCACUUGGAAGAAUCAGGCAGGAACAGUUAUUAGUACGUGGCGGUUAAACCUUCAUUACAGCUGUGUGCUUCUUCGAAAAGUCACCAUUCCAGUUAUCUUCAGACUUCUUUCAAAAUAGGAAAAUGCUGCUUUUUUAUAAAUAGGUCAGCUGCCAUCAGCAACAUCUGCAGGAGCUGAGGGUGCUGUGCAGAUCAGACUUGUAUCAGCAGUUCAGCUCUUGGCAGCAGUUGCACAGUGAGCCUGGAUGAAGCAAGCAUGAAAAUUCAGGGGUUUCUGUUUCUCAGUAGGAUUCUCAGCAAGCCGAAACACAUUUGUAGCGUGGAUGGUGGAAUUCUUGGAGCAUUCAGCACCGCGAUGCAUCCAGCCUGGUUGUGUUGGAAACUUGGGGCUCUCUCCCACGAGGUUCUUUGUAAGGAUGGGGACUGGAGAAGGUGCUUUGUGAGGACAGCUGGGCUCCUUCUGCCAGAGUAACUCCCACCACUGACAGCUCUGGGAAAGCAGAAAAAGGUGCAGCCCCUGUUCUACCUAUGGCAGCGUCUCCCAGACUGGAGGUGUUGAACAACUGAAGAAACUGGCUCCGUAAAACAUCAUCUUUCACCUUCCUCACUGAAAGGCAGUACAGUUGCAGUCCCAUCAGAGCAGAUUAUGGCUAUACUGAGCUCUGUGCAGAAUAGUUCUUGGCUUGGAUACAGCGACUCAGACAGAAUGAGUGCCAGCACUAGUUUGUGGAAUACGAGUGUCUUUCAAGUCUGGUGCUGUUAAACAAUUUCAAUCCUGAAAUGAUGAUCACCUAAGAUUUAUCUGUCAGUGCUGUUGGUGUCCUUAAUGCUGUGUAACCACACCCUUGGUGUAAGGAGUCCGUUGUGCCAGGCUGUGCAGAGAAGAAAUACAGGUGGUGGAUGUGGACUUUAAAACAGUGUCUCAACAUUUCAUCCUCAACUGUCCCUUUUUAAUCUGAUUGCACUACAAAAGAAAAGCUGCUAAUGGGAUAAAUGUUGAGACUUUACAAGAACUGACUUGAAGUACCAAAAGCCAUUAUUAUUAAUCAAGAAGAGCUUGAAGCUAAGUCUGUAUCUGACCAGUCAGUAUCACUUUCACCUAACAGGCAUGGCAAGUAAACGAAAAUCAACAACACCGUGCAUGGUCUUAGCCAACGAGCAAGAUCCAGAUCUGGAAAUGGUAUCAGACUUGGAGGAAGGACCACCUGUAGUCACGCCAGCAGAUAAUAAUCCUACAGCAGAGAGCAUAGCAAGUGAAGAGGAUGUUCAUGAGAGUGUGGAUUCAGACAAUCAGAAAAGUACAAAUAAAGUAGAAGGUGGUUAUGAGUGUAAAUAUUGUACUUUUCAGACUCCAGAUCUCAAUAUGUUUACUUUCCAUGUGGAUUCAGAACAUCCCAAUGUAGUAUUAAAUUCAUCCUACGUUUGUGUAGAAUGCAAUUUUCUUACCAAAAGAUAUGAUGCUCUCUCAGAACAUAAUUUGAAGUACCACCCUGGAGAGGAGAAUUUUAAGUUGACCAUGGUGAAACGUAAUAAUCAGACAAUCUUUGAACAAACAGUAAAUGAUCUCACUUUUGAUGGGAGUUUCGUUAGAGAAGAAAACGCUGAACAGGCUGACCCUUCUGAGGCCCCCUCCGCGGGGAUCUCCAUUAGCAAAACUCCUAUUAUGAAAAUGAUGAAAAACAAAACAGAGACUAAACGCAUCGCUGUUUUCCACAAUGUGGUCGAUGACAUUCCUGGUGAAGAGAAGGGAAAGGAAAAUGAGCCAAACUCCGAAGAAGCAGUAGAAAACCAACCAGCACCGGCAGUUUCUGAGUCCAAAGCGAGCCAUUCGGUUGUUUGCAGUGCAGCCGAUGUGGCUAGCACGGUUGUGACCCCAGUGAUUCAGCCUGGGGUGGCACAGGUUAUAACAGCUGUUACAGCUCCACAGAACUCAAACCUGAUCCCCAAAGUCCUGAUACCUGUAAACAGCAUUCCAACCUAUAAUACUGCUCUGGACAACAAUCCUCUUUUGCUCAACACCUAUAACAAAUUCCCGUAUCCAACCAUGUCGGAGAUCACCGUUCUUUCCACUCAAGCUAAGUACACAGAGGAACAGAUUAAAAUCUGGUUUUCUGCCCAACGUCUGAAACAUGGUGUGAGCUGGACACCAGAGGAAGUGGAGGAAGCAAGGAGGAAACAAUUUAAUGGCACAGUGCAUACUGUGCCACAGACAAUUACCGUUAUUCCGGCGCACAUUUCCACUGCCAGCAAUGGUUUACCUUCAAUUUUACAGACAUGCCAAAUAGUUGGUCAGCCAGGACUUGUUCUCACUCAAGUUGCAGGUGCAAAUACGUUACCGGUCACGGCCCCAAUAGCUUUGACUGUAGCAGGAGUCCCAAACCAAACCCAGCUACAGAAGAGUCAGAUUCACACUGCUCAGCCUAUCGCAGAAACCAAACAAGUCGCUGCCGUUCCAGCCCCUCAGCCUAUCAAAAAUGAAACUGCACUAAUGAAUCCCGAUACCUUUGGCAUGCGAGCAAAAAAAACAAAGGAGCAACUGGCAGAAUUAAAGGUCAGCUACCUUAAAAAUCAGUUUCCUCAGGAUUCAGAAAUUAGUAGGCUUAUGAAAAUAACAGGCCUGACGAAGGGAGAGAUCAAAAAGUGGUUCAGCGAUACACGCUACAAUCAGAGAAACUCAAAGAAUAACCAUGGGAUUCAUCUCAACAGUGACUCAUGUGCCACCAUCAUUAUCGAUUCAAGUGACGAAAUGAAUGAGUCCCCAACAGGAGUUGCUCCACAGAACAAGCCGUCCUGGAGUGCAUUUCCUGACUUCACCCCACAGAAGUUCAAAGAGAAGACUGCUGAGCAGUUGCAAGUCCUCCAAGCAAGUUUUCUUAAUAAUCCUGUCCUUACUGAUGAAGAGAUGAAUAGGUUAAGAGCCCAAACCAAACUUACCAGGAGAGAGAUUGAUGCCUGGUUUGUGGAAAGAAGGAAAUCUAAUGUCUUAAAGGAGGAGGGAACUGAGAUGAAUGAGAGCAAUGCCAGCAGCUCGAAAGAAGAAGCUGGAGAAACAUCUGCAGGGGAUGGAACAGCAGGGUCAAAAUCAGGGGGCUCUGCUCCAAGCAAAAUAGGCAAAAAAUCACCAGAGCAGUUGCACAUGCUUAAAAGCUCCUUUGUUCGUACUCAGUGGCCAUCUCCACAAGAAUACAACAAGCUGGCAGAAGAAACAGGGCUCCCAAGAUCAGAAAUUGUGAGUUGGUUUGGAGAUACUCGCUAUGCCUGGAAAAAUGGGGGAUUGAAGUGGUAUUAUUAUUACCAGAGUGCCAAUGCAAACAGUCUGAAUGGCCAGGGCUUCUCAAGGAAGAGAGGGAGAGGAAGACCAAAGGGGCGAGGAAGAGGGAGGCCUCGAGGGAGGCCUCGGGGAAGCAAGAGGUUAAAUUGCUGGGACCGAGGCGUGUCUGUCAUAAAAUUCAAAACUGGAACAGCAAUCCUGAAGGACUACUAUAUGAAGCACAAAUUCCUUAAUGAGCAAGACCUUGAUGAACUUGUAGCUAAAUCUCACAUGGGGUAUGAGCAGGUCAGAGAGUGGUUUGCAGAAAGGCAGAGAAGAUUAGAACUCGGAAUAGAGCUGUUUGAGGAGAAUGAGGAGGAAGAUGAAAUGUUGGAAGAUCAGGAAGAUGAAGAGGAAACGGAUGAUAGCGAUACUUGGGAACCCCCACGACAUGUUAAGCGUAAACUUUCAAAAUCAGAUUGAUGUGCAGUUUGGAAUCUGGGAGCCAAAAACCCGUGAAUUAGGUUUGAUGUUAUGGUGAAGAGCCAAACAAUUUUUCACGGCCUUCAGCUUCAGCAAGCACCUGCUUAGCAUCUUCGUUGCACCUGAAGGAACGUGGGCAAGAUGCUGUCUGCGCAGGCAACAGAUAUUUGCUUCCUUGCUACCAGAGAUGGAUGUCCUCGGGCCUAGCUGAGCAUGUGGGGUUAUAAAUCAGCGCCAGUUCAGCUCCUCCUCUUCCACGUGACCAGUGGGAAGGUUCAUCAUUCACGUGACUGCUUCUCAAUAUUUAAUUGCCUUAUCUUGUUUAAUUCCAAAAAACAAACCACAGACACAUUUUUUUGUUGUUGUAGGAGAACAUUACCUGCUCGCAAAGGAGGAAAAUGCAAAAACCUAAGAUGUCUUUUUGCAAACAUCACUUCACCUGAAAGGUUUCAAGGCCUGGGUUUAUUUCUUAAGGAAAGAAUUCAAAAGAGAAGGGGAAAAGUGUGACAAAGGAAUCAAUGAACAUAGGGCAUGUAUGUAUUUGCACUGUGUACUGUGGGAGAGAGGGAGACACCUUCCAGAGGCCUCCUGCAUCAGAAAUGACAAGAAAAGCACUGGAAAGAGCUGUCAGCGUGCUGGUGGCUGACAGGACGGACUGCUUUGUCUGUAACUUGUGGUCGUGGCUGGUUGGAGUUCAAAACUGCUGGUGACUGUGGUUAGUCCAGAUUCAUCUCAUCUCAUGUUAGGCUGCUGUGCUCCUUACCGUGGUGCCCAAGGCAUACUGCAUAGUGUGAGAGAAAUAGAAAUUGUCGAGGGGAUACGGCACAUCUUCAUUCUCCCCCUGAAUUCACAUGAGCAUCAGUUCCUCUGGAGCAAAAGUUGAGCUUUCUCUUUCAUCUGCUGUCUCUGCCAAGAGUACCUGAUGUUACGAUGCUAGUUAAUGCUGUCUUUGAAAUAAAGUUAACUGAGGAUGAAGGUAAUCCUUUGCUAGAGUUGAGAGGGAGAAGGGCUAAAAGCAAGCAAGCAGUGUCACAGCUGGUGAGCCAUCCACUGUCCUUGGCCACGGUGCUUCAUAGCAUGUUCUGCUCUUGCUUCUGAGUACAAUGGAAAGCACAGUUCUGUCUAAGUAAUGCUGGCUUCCCAGUGACACCCUCUUAAUAACCCCAAGAUUGGUGUGAGUUAUAAAAAGAAAGUCAGAGUUACUCUCCCUUGCUUUGAAUGAACUAAGGGAGUGCUUGUGUGGUGUGCAAAGAAGGGAAAAUGCAGAAUCUUGAAGAGACUGCCUGUUGCUUGCCCUGCAGAAUUCACUUACCUAGAACUUGCUGAGCAAAACAAAUGUCACUCUUGCUGUUUUGACAGAACAAGUGUUGCAGUCUUUCGUGUUUAGCAUGUAGAAAUUUCUGCUUUGAUUUGAAAGCAAAAGAAAGAUAUCUGGCACCUCGUGAUUAGAAUUUACUGGAUUAUCUCUAAUACACCUUAGUAAAUUAGGCCAUUUGAUUUUUCAGCUUUGUCCAAUAAUGAUUUUAAAACUUUUUUUUUUUUUUUCCACAGCAUUAUAUGCAGUAUUGUUUCUGUCUGUAACUUUGAAGGAAACUCAUGCAGAAUCCACACAUGGCAUGAAAUGUUUUUUCUCAUGCAUGACUUCCUGACUUUGGGCAAAAGCCUGUUUUCCUCCUGCUCACCAAGGCAGGCAAAUACACUCCCUUCUCCUCCUCAGAGCAGAAAAAGGACUUUUGAAGCCCAUGCAAAGUGAUUCACAGCGCGAUGCAGUCCCAAAGGCCAGAAAGCCCCAGCAUGCAGACAUUCUCCUCCUCCUUCUCUAUUUUCCUCUGAAAUGAGAGCACAGCAGUAACUCUGACAACUGGUCUCUGGCUGCUGAGUAAUAAGCUGUAGUUUAAGGUCAGGAGUAUUUUCCCUUUUGCACUUAAUGGAGUACUGUGUAUUCGAAUUGGAUCUCAGUGUUUGCUUUUGUAGAUACGACGGUCCCAAUUUGCAUCCUCCACCACCUCCUCCUCUCUGUAUAUUCAUAUCUCCCAAGGAGAGAAGAUAAUUGUUAAGAUUCUGUAAUGUUAAAUAUCCCUGCCCUUACCUGAAUACACACAAAUGUAGAGCGCAAUGAAAUAUAGUUGCUUUCUUUAAUUUAUUAUUUAUUGGAAGAUAAUUUUGCCUGCAUUUAGUAGUAAUGAAAAUAUAGUAUUGAUGAGAGAACAGUAAAACAGUUGAGAGGUGUUCACAGUGCCUGGGAUGAUCAUAUAAAUUCCGGAUGGGAAGGGCAAGUGCAGGGCUCGGUUCCCUGCCCUGAGCAGUGCUGCAUUAUGCCUGUGUUCUCCACCAGGCUUUUGAUAUCCUAGGGCUGAGUAGAUGUGGUAUGUGGCAUGACACAAACUUGUUGGGUCAAGUGACUUAAGGUUUGUGAUGUAUUAAAGCUAGGUAGGAAAUGAAAGCUGUAGCAGAAGGCGAACAUUUCUAUAACUGUACGUGCUCAGUAGCUUGAAUUUGUGUAUUAUUAUCUCACUUUUGAAAAGGGAGGUUUUGAAGCACAGGCAGUUUGUAGACAAUAUUUUCGAGCUUUUGGGUUUUUUCCUUCUACAGUGAAGAGCAUCUGCAUUUUUUUCAGUGGCUACUCAUUUAAAAAUGACUUAAUGCAGCAUUUAAAAUGUGGAAUGGUAACUGUGGAUCCCACGGCACUUUUCAUGAAUUAAGGUGGGAUUCACCUGAUUGUAUGUCGAUGUCUGCACGUGAGCAAGGCACCGCAGCAGCUGAUGGGUAUAGCAAACGAGUGCAUGUCAGCAGCUCAUCCUGACUGCCUACAAUCGAUCAGACGAGCUGCACCCUAAACUCCACUGACUGUUACAAGUGGCUGGCAGGCACUGGAGCCAUCUGAAGUUAGGUGAGAUGCAGCCUCACCUUGGAGCGUGCUGGCUGGCUGGCAGCACUGGGCGUUGUGCCCCGUUAGGCUCUCCUUGUGGUUAGCCGUGGUUCUGUCCUCCGCUGCCCACCUGGUGCAUGUGAGGUGUGAGGCCUUGCUUUGGUUUUGGUUGUUAUUCUAGAGCAGGCGGCACUGCAGUGGUGGAUAAGGUAACUGAUCCUUGGUUAAAGAACUGUGGCGUAAACAUGGCUUGGGGGUUUCUAAAGUUUUUGAGAACCUUAGUAUAUGAACAUCGGAUUGUGCAUAUCUUACUUAAGACAAGUAAGGCUUGUGUCCCCACUGAUCAAAGCAUUUCCUUACACUUAGUCAGUAUUAGAUAUCUAUAAUGAAACUUAUUGUAAAGAAUCUGCCAGAAUGAUGGAAGAUUCGAGUUGUCUUCAUUUGUGAUACAAAACAACCAACCACAAGAGCUCCACUACGAUUCGGAAAUGUUCCCCAUGCUUCCAGUUCCAGCUUACAGAAGCAUUUCCAAUUCUGCUUAGUUGGUUAUCUGCAUGUAUGCUUACAGUUUGUACAGAAAUGCACUAAAAAUGAGUUGCCCGACCCGGGAAGGCUUUAUAUUGUAUAGAAAAUGUGGCACUAGGUACUGCUCUUCAUGUGCACAGGAGAGUUAACAGGUGUCGAUCUCGUUUACAGAAAUGAUGGAGCUUUGCAAUUUUCUAUAAUACAUUGCAAUAUAUUUAAAUGUCCUGUUUGACAUGUGAAUUGAAAUUAAGUUAAUGCAUCGUUAUGUAUUUGAAUAUGAGGAAGACGAUUCACUAACGACCAGCAAGGUUUUUAGAAGGUGUCCAGUAUGUAGCAGUCUGUGUGAUCUGUCUGGUGUAUGUGAUGUUGUUAAAGGAAGCAACACUACUAGUAUCGUUUAGAAUUAAGAGUUUCUUACGAGUGAUGCAAUAGCUUACAGUGUCUUUCCUUUGUAGCUGCCCAAUGUGGUGAAGGGGAAGCAGUUGUUGAAAAAGUUCAAGAUAACUGGUUAACUGUGAAUGGGCCUAAUCUUUCGUGAAACCAAGAAAAUAUUUGGACACACACAGGACUUGAAUACUCAAAAGGAUUGGAACUUAGUGUUGUGCCAAAGUUAAACUACUGCAGUUGGCAGAAGUUCUGCACUGUAAAUAGAAGACUGAUUAAAAGACAGCUUGUAAAAAAGAAAAAAAGAUCAAAUUUUAAUACACUACGUUUUUAUUCUGAUACAUGAUGGAAACAUUCUGUUUUAGACCUUUUUUGAAGAGGCUUCAGUGACCACUAGAUUUUGUCCUCUUAUAUUUUGUUUGGCCUAAUACUAUAUGUUCUAGUAAGAUGGGCUUUACUGCCUGUGUUCUUUGAUACGUGAUUAAGCUUAUAGCUUUGAGUGACCAAACAUUUUACAGAGUAAAAGUUCUUAGAAACACUAUAACGUAACUGAUAUUUCUGUGUCUUAUUUAUCAGGCUCUGCACAAACUUGGGAAGUUGUGCUGGACUUGUACAACUUACAUGUGGGAACGCAGCACACUGCUUGGUAUUACAAAGCUAAGCCGUUGAGGCAGUACGGAUCUUGUCUUUGGAUUUAUUUUUGUUAUUUUUUGAGGCAAUGAGAUGAACGGAUGCUGCUGUAAAAUAUUUGUAAUAUUGCCAUUAUUGCUUUCUGUAGCAACUACUGCUUUUGUUUCAACAGAUAAAGAAAAUAAAUCAGAGAUAGAAAAAUCCCAAAAGAAGCCGGUAGAAGAAAGGAUCACGUGGGAACUUCUGAAAAUAAACUUUGUACCAAAAAAUUUGAAAACAGAAAUAAUGGAAUAAAUGUCUCCUUACUGAC